AUGCCCCGUGCCAAGUCCCACCGGCGGGCCCAGGCCCAGAAGCGGAGGAUGGCGCAGCCGCAGCCAUGGACCCCCCAGCCGCCUGUCCCCGAGUUCGUUGCUCGGCGCGGUACAGGGUACCGCCAUCGCGUGCGGAGAUGGCCGACUUCGGAGCUGACCCAGCGCAGCUUCAAGUUGGUCACUCCUGCCCAGAAGCCGGACCAGAAGAUGGUGUUCGUCGUGGGAGACUCCCACCUGCGGGCCAUGGUGGAUGGGAUCGUCGCGAUGCCGGAGGUACCUCUGUGUUUUUCUUUUCUCUCUGUUCCAGGUGCGCAUGCAGCAGAGCUGAGGACGGAGGUGUCCCACGCCGCUCUCCCCUGGACCCCGGACGUGGUGUGUGUGCUCGCCCCGAGCAACAACCUGACAGCCAGCAGGAACAUCGGAGAGGCGUCGCUGGACUUCGGUGCUCUCCUGGCUACAGUUUGCAACCGCUGGGCGAAGGUGUUCGUGCUGGACUUCCCUCCACGCUUGAACAUCGAGCCUGGCCUGCAGGAGCUGUUCCGCCAGGAGUUCCGCCGUGUCGCAGCACGCAUGGGUCUCCCAUACGUGUCUGUGGCAGAGCACCUCCCGAUGGAUCGUUUGGAGCUGUGGAGCCGUGACGGUGUAAGUACAGCAUACUUUGUUGUUGUGACAUCACACAUGGAGGAGUUGAAGGUUUCCAUUUUCGAUACACAAGUUGAGCGCAAUGUGUUCUGCGUUUCACUGUUUUCCAGGGUCUCCCCCGUGCUGGUCGUGACGGGACACAGCCCCGCGGCUCGUCACCGCAACCCACUGGAGUGGACCGUUGUCGGACAGGAGGGCAAGGUUCGAGCAUCUCCGGUGCGAGAGUCUGUCCUCCCGUCCAACCCCGUCUGGUUCAGCGGCGACAUCCUGGAGGCCAUGGAGAGGGUUUCGCCAUCCUCGGACAGCGACGUCACUGCCCUUCUGCCAGCUGGCCAGGUCAUCAUGCUGCUGGUGGUUGUGUGGCUCAGGUCCCAGGCUGCUCCAGUACAUCUGGCUCUCCUCGACUUCCCGUGUGAGGCGUUCGCCGAAAGGUGUUGCCACAAGGCGUAG